AUGGGGCACACCCUGAACGGCAACGAGGAUCAGGCCGCCCUCGCAUCCCGACGCCCAGGGAUGACCGCCCGAAAGCAAGAGAUCAUCAAGAUGACAGAGAAACUCAUAGAAGCCGUGAACACCAGUGACUAUGAGACAUACACGAAGAUCUGUGAUCCUCAAAUGACUGCAUUUGAACCUGAGGCUUUGGGAAACCUCAUUGAGGGACUCGAGUUCCACAAGUUCUAUUUUGACAAUGUGAUGCCAAAGAAUUGGAAGGCGAUCAACACGACGAUCUUGAACCCUCAUGUCCACCUUCUAGGCGAGGACACUGCAUGCAUCGCAUAUGUUCGUCUCACACAGAUGGUUGACAAAUGCUGGUUUCAAGUCUGUCUCACAUUCUUCAAGGUCCACCUGACAGCCACAUCUGAUCACAUUGGCCAGAUUCAUCACACUACCAGUUGUUGA